AUUCAUCUAUUCAUAGUAAUUAUGUAUAAAAAGAAAAAGAAAAAAAGCAUCUUUCCCUUAUUAUUUUUUUCUUAAUUUAUUAAUUUCUUUAAAAAUUACUACCACUUCUAAAACUAAAACAAAUAUGAGCCCUCAAAAUCUCUUUACCCCCAUCAAAGUUGGUAACAACUUACUUAAACAUCGUGUUGUUCUUAGUCCUUUAACUCGUUUCAGAGCAACUGCUGAAGCCGUGCCCACCAAACUUAUGGAAGAAUACUAUCAACAAAGAGCGAGUGAAGGUGGACUCUUGAUUGCUGAAGCUACAUUUAUCGAUCGUCUUGCGGGUGGCUAUCUCAACGUACCUGGUAUCUAUAACCGCAAACAAAUUGAAGGUUGGAAAAAAGUGACCUCGGCUGUUCAUAAAAACAAGGCCAGUAUUUUUCUUCAACUCUGGCAUUUAGGUCGUGUAGGAUCCAAGACCCUGAAUCCCAAUGGAGAACAAAUUGUUUCUGCCUCAGACAUUCCUAUCACGGGUACACCUUUGGUGCUUAAAGAAUAUGAAGUCCCUCGUGCACUGGAGAUUCAUGAAAUUAAAGAAAUUAUUGAGCAGUACCGACAAGCAGCUUUGAACGCGGUGAAGGAAGCUGGAUUUGAUGGUAUUGAAGUGCAUUCCGCAAGUGGAUUUCUUCCCGAUCAAUUCAUCAAUAAAAAUAGCAACAAGCGUACAGAUAGAUAUGGUGGAUCAAUCGAGAAUCGUAGUCGGUUUGUACUCGAGUUGAUAGAUGCACUUGUGGAUGCUGUGGGAGAAGAGCGUACGGCUAUUCGAUUUUCGCCUGAUAGUGAAUUUCAUGAUAUGCAGGAUGACACGACCUUGGAGACUUGGAGUUAUAUUACACAACAACUUCAAAAAAACCAUCCUCAAUUAGCUUACCUUCAUUUUGUUGAACCUCGUGGAAACUUUGUGGGAGAUACAAAUACGGUUUUUAAGGAUUCACUUCAACCUUACCGCGAUAUUUGGCAGGGUCCUUUUAUUGCAGCCUCUGGCUUUUCGACCACACGUGAUUAUGCCCUUGCCUAUGCUGAAAAGACCGGUAACUUGAUUUCAUUUGGUCGUGCGUUUAUUGCCAACCCUGAUCUUCCAGCCCGUUUGCAAAAUGGAUGGGAGUUAAAUCAAUAUGAUCGAAGCACAUUCUAUACUAAUGGAGCCGAAGGAUAUACAGAUUAUCCCUUCUACAACAGCAAAGAAUAGUUUUGUUUACUUCUGUCAAUUCAGACAUUUUUAGAUAUUUUUAGAUAUUUCUUUUCCCCCUUUUAUCAAAUUAAUAAAUAACAUAUAUUUCAUCACUUUCUUUUAA